GACACUUCCGGAUUGGGGUUUGGACCGCGGUGGGCGCAGUUCUCCAGAGUUGUCAGUUUGCUGGUAAACUGUUGAAGUUGUUGUGACAAAAUACUGAGUUUUUAUACUAUUUUGUGCACUGUCAAUACCACCUCUUCAGUAAAAUAAGGUAAUUGAAUCUCACUGGUUUAGCGCACCGCUGACUUCUUGCUAGGUAGCUAGCUAACAUGUUAGCCCUUCGUACGUGAGUUAUCUCUGACUUCGCGCAGGGUGCUAGAUGUGAAAUGUCGCUAUCCUGCCAGUCAAAACUAGCUGACUGGCUAACGGUAGCUGUAACUAUUUUCUUACGACUAAACAACGACGAGUAAAAUCAAAGCCUUGAUAUUGAAUAUAAUUAGCAGCUAGCAACCAACUUAGCUUCUGAGAUGGCUAACGUUAAGUAUGUCACAGUGAAUUUGCUGGAUAACGUUGUUUUUUUGUUUAUUUUUUUAUAAAAAAAGAUGUUUGUGUCCCACACAGAUGGAAGGAGAUGAGUGUGGGAAGUUUCCUCCAGAACCAUCGGAGGGUAAAUCACAGAGGGGAAGUGUGGCCUCCUCUGUCACCCGCGGUCAGUAACCUUUUUUCUUUCAGUCUGGUGUUUACAAUAUAAUAUUAUUUUGUCCCUCUGUGUGUUUCUUAUUUGGAAGAUGCAAGAUGGUGUUUUGCGUCAACUUCCCUCCCUGUGUGUUUUCUCCUACAGCUCAAGAUGUGCUUGUGUACCUGGUGGGUGACAGUGCUGUACACCUGUGUGUGGAGGGGGUUGGCUGUGUGAGUGUCCAGGAGCUAGGCCACAGUGUCCGAGAGGCUCUCCACAUUCCUGAUUCGUCAAUGGAUGCCUUUGCCUUCUGGCUCUGCUCUCCUCUGCUCGGUAAUGACAGCUCUCUCUGUAAUGCACCUCCCUUCCUCAUCCUCCUCCCCUAGCCCUCAAACAGCUGUGCUGUACAUGCUGUUGUUUUAAAAUAAACAACUGGGUAAUUCUUCAUUCAUUUGACAUUUUGUUGAUUUGAUCAGGGGCAGGAGGGCUGAUUUGUAUUACAAAGGAAUGUUGUUGUGUCUGAGGCUGGUCUGGUUCAUUGUAUCAUGUAUUGGUGAAGAUUGUAGAGAGCCCUUGGGCCAUAAGCGGAACACUGCCCAUUUGUUUGCUUCUCUCUUGAACUGCUGUCUUGCUGGAAGACUGGCAUUGUUUGUAAAAUAUGAAAGAGAUCACUACAGCAAAAUGAGUGUAGGCCAAGUCUACAGCUUGUGGAUAUAGUGUGAAAGAUUAGCAUGCUUUGUCAUGCCAAAAUUAUUUGAUCUUUGUUAUGCCAUGAGAAUGUUUAUUCAUACUUUCAUAAAUAAUGACAUUUGGUUGUCUACAUCCUGCCUUUUCCUCCUCUCUCAGAACUGCAGUUAAAGCCGAAGCAUCAGCCUUACAAACUGUGCCGCCAGUGGCAGGACCUGCUGUAUCGCUUCACUGAGGCCUCGGAGGAGGACAUAUCUCAAGGUGAGACUGCCUGUGUCUCUGUGUGUAGGGAUGAGCCUGUUUUUUUUGUAAGCUUUUGUUUCUGUAUUUUUAGCAGAUUAAUAUUUUGUCUCCCAUCCAUGUUAUUUUUUCCCCAAAUGUUUUAUUUUUUCAUCCCCACUGCUGAAUUCAUAUUGCUUUGUCAACCUGACCUCCUGUUAACUCUGACCCAACAUCGCUAAUCCUAAACUGUACAUCUGCCAUCAUAUAGAAAUGUUCUGGAAACCCUCCACAUGCUGUAUUCUUUCCGUUUUUUCUCCAGAUGAGCCAAGCCUGCAGUACAGAAGGAAUGUGUUUUAUCCCAAGUCUAAAGAGCUGCAGGUACUGCUUGUUCCAUUUUCUCCUUAAACUUAACAUGAAGCUGUUGGAAAACAUUGUCCUUAAUAAUAUCAGUAAGGUUGUACUGUCAAAUGGAUACAUUAUACUUUCCUGGUCGUAGACACAUACCCUGAGCACUCUAGCACUGACCCUCAGACAAAAGGUUACGUUUGUUACAAGAAUUCCACGGUAACAGAAUUGCGCUGAGACACUUAAAAUGUAUGCUAAACAAUCAUGCAAACCAUACAACUCUAGGCACAAGGACUACUUUUAACAAUUUACACUGAACAUUUUACAAAACUUUUACUGGAAGAACUGUGCAAAUGCUAAGUUUGGUAACAGAAUUUCUGUAAAAUCUCCCUCUUGUUUUUUUAUGUGUCCAUGUUUUCCAAAUAAUUGUGUUAAAUAUCUGCUCUAAAUUAAGAUUCAACGAUGUCUGCAGAACAAAUGGGGUGUCAGCUAUGACAUGAAACAUUGACUUUGAAAAAAUCUAUUUUGGUUAUUGAACUACAGUAGCCUAAGUAAAGUGGAUUUACACCCGGUAACAGAAUUGUAGUAAACUGAAUUUCACAAUGAGUCCCUGAUCUGUACUAUACAGAAAUGCAUAAUUAUGGUUAUGAAUGUAAUUCUCUUCAUGGUGAUGUAUCUUAAAUAGGUACACAAAGGUAUACAUAUGUAAUAUCCUCCUUUGCAUAUUUGGGUAUUAUUCUACACACUGAAGACUAUUUUAAUGAGAUCUGUCCCUAAACAAGACCAAAUUUGGUUGGACUGGACCAAAUCUGAACCAAAAGUUUGUACAUCAAAGUAAAUUACAGUACGUUAUAGUGUACUCAACUCUAGUGUGCUCUACGGUGUACUGAACUCUACUCUACUAUUCUCUACUUUUCUUUACUGUGCUGUCCAAGCUUGUGAACACAACUCUGGUUUGACUAAUAAUGAUUUUCCAUUAUAGCCAAUUAAAUUGCAGAAAUUCCAUUAACAAAUUGGUAAUGGCAUUUUUUGAUUUAAUCACUUAAUAAUUCAUAAACAAAAUUGAUAUCAGUAAAAACACUAACUAAUUGAUAGGUCUACCUUAAGUUGUUACUUCUGGGAACUUUCAUUAUCCUCCCUCCUCAUGAGGGAGAGAAAUUAGAAAAUAUCUUAAAGAUAUGUGGGGUUUUGGUAAUGGAAUUUUAAGGCACAAGGCAGUGUUUCAUAAACUUACAGAAGGCUGAAAAAUGUAUCCAAAACUAAAUAUGUGUUUAUUCGUUGGCAGGGGUCUUUACUUCAACAUUGUGUUUUAGAUUAAUUUAAUAUGCCUUUUUCUGGUAGAUGUUUUGUAAGACCCCUUUUCCAUUUGUUUGACCAGAAAUCAAAGCCAUUGCUUAUUCUUAAUUUUAGGAUGGAAAAUGGUUUAAAAGUAUGUAUAUGCCUUAAUUUCUCAAAUAUACACUCUUAGCGUUCAUUUGACACCCAAUUUGAAAUGCUCUUAUGAACUUCACAUGUUGGUGCUCAUGGGUCCUUUUACAUGGAAAUGACCCGAACUCCCCUAUUUCUGUUUGGAUCCUCCUAUAUUCCACGUCAUUGCAUGGUCUUUCCCUCUAGAUUGAAGACGAGGGGGUGUUGAGACUCCUUUACGAUGAGGCACGGGUUAACAUCCUCGCGGGCCGCUUCCCCUGUGACCCUGAGACCUGGACAGGUUUGGGAGCACUGUCUUUUGCUCUGGAGCUGGGGGUCGGUCUGGACCACCAGAAAGCCACUGCUGCUUUAAGGUAAACUAUGCCAGGCAUUUGAACAUCUGCCUCUUGCUGAAGUUAUUGUGUAGUGUUUUAAAAAAAAAAUUAAUAAAAAAAAAAUAAUACCUGGCUGCAUACCCUGAUUAUUGCCCUUCUUCUCCCAACUCACUCAGGGAGAAGAAGCUGAUAUCCUUCCUGCCUGCACAUGUUUCAGGGGGAGGUGGGGGGCUGUUCUCUACGCUGAGGGGGAAAGGGGGCCGUCAGGCAGGGCUGGAGCACAACCUUUUGGAGGAAUAUCGCAAGCUCAGCACCUCAGGCAGCACCCCCCUGGAGCCCACUCAGCGUCUACGCCAGUACCUCAGCACAUGCCACUCUCUGCCUUACUACGGGUAAGGAACAAGCUGGACAAAUGGCCUCAACUGUAUGGUGCAUGGAACACGUUCACAGUUGUAUCUUCUUCAUGUGCCACUUGCAUCAUGUCUCACUGGUGUGAGUUCGAUUUUUGUCUGUGCAGGUGUGCUUUCUUCUCGGGUGAGAUCGAAAAGCCAGCCCAGGGGAUUCUUCAUAGAGCAGGACGGAAAGCUGUCAAUGUGGGGAUCAGUCUGGAGGGGGUGUAUGUAAUGGACAUCAAAGAGAAGGUGAGACCUGGAAUGUCAAGUUAAAAUGAAUGAUAACGCCUCUACAUAACAAGCAGAAUAUUACCUAUUUUACUGUGUGUGAUUUAAGAAUUGGCAUGAACCAGAGGUAUCCUUUAUCAAUCCAGAAAGACUCUUCACUGAAUGAUCCAACCCUCUCCCUUUCUGCCUCUCAUUCUCUCUGAUGCAUCCCUACUCCAUGACAGCACGUGCUCCUGGGCCUGCGCUUCAGUGAGCUGUCUUGGGACCACAGCUACCCUGAAGGGGAGGGUGACUCACACAUCCUGUGGCUCGAAUUCGAUGGAGAGGAGGCCGGCACCCCUGUCAACAAGUUACUGAAGAUCUACUCAAAACAAGUAAUGAAACCUAAACAUAAUUUCUCUAUUAAAAAAAAUAAGUUCAUUGUACUUUUCCUUAGUAGGUGGUCAUAGAUGUCCUUGAAGUGACCAGAGUUCAUUCUAUUCUUUAUUCCCUCCUUGUACCUCUAGGCAGAGCUUAUGAGCGGCCUUAUCGAGUUCUGUGUGGAGCUACAUUCUGCAGCCGACGGAGGGGCGGCCACGGAAACAGAUGGUGAUGUCACUGCUGGACAGGCGGGGGGCAGUGACGGAGAAAGGGACGGUCGCCGUGGGAAACUGCACAGGCAGAGCAGUGUGGUGUGCAGUCGGGUCCAUACACUGAACACCAUCAGCUACGUGGACAACGGUGAGUCUGGGGAGGGGGAAUCAUGCAUGCCAUUCAUUUAGUCAGUAUUAAGCAUCCAUAUACACCAAAAGUAUGUGGACACCCCUUCAAAUUGGUGGAUUCGGCUAUUUCAGCCACACCCAUUGCUGACAGGUGUAUAAAAUUGAGCACACAGCCAUGCAAUCUUCAUAGACAAACAUUGGUAGUAGAAUGGCCCUUACUGAAGAGCUCAGUGACUUUCAACGUGGCACCGUCAUAGGAUGCCACAACAAGUCAGCUCGUCAAAUUUCUGCCCUACUAGAGCUGCCCCUGUCAACUAUAAGUGCUGUUAUUGUGAAGUGGAAACGUCUAGGAGCAACAACGGCUCAGCCGCAAAGUGGUAGGCCACACAAGCUCACAGAACGGGACCGCCGAGUGCUGAAGCAUGUAGCGCGUCUGUCCUCAGUUGCAACACUCACUACCGAGUUCCAAACUGCCUCUGGAAGCAACGUCAGCACAAGAACUGUUCGUCGGCUUCAUGAAAUGGGUUUCCAUGGCCGAGGAGCCGCACACAAGCCUAAGAUCACCAUGCGCAAUGCCAAGCGUCGGCUAGAGUGGUGUAAAGCUCACCGCCAUUGAACUCUGGAGCAGUGGAAACGCGUUCUCUGGAGUGAUGAAUCACGCUUCACCAUCUGGCAGUCCGACGGAUGAAUCUGGGUUUGGCGGAUGCCAGGAGAACGCUACCUGCCCCAACUGUAAAGUUUGGAUGUGGAAUAAUGGUCUGGGGCUGUUUUCCGUGGUUCGGGCUAGGCCCCUUAGUUCCAGUGAAGGGAAAUCUUAACGCUAUGAUAUUCUAGACGAUUCUGUGCUUCCAACUUUGUGGCAACAGUUUGGGGAAGGCCCUUUCCUGUUUCAGCAUGACAAUGCCUUUGUGCACAAAGGGAGAUCCAUACAGAAAUGGUUUGUCAAGAUUGGUGUCGAAGAACUUGACUGGCCUGCACAGAGCCCUGACCUCAACGCCAUCGAACACCUUUGGGAUGAAUUGGAACGCCGACUGCGAGCCAGGCCUAAUCGCCCAACAUCAGUGCCCAACCUCACUAGCGCUCUUAUGGCUGAAUGGAAGCAAGUCCCCGCAGCAAUGUUCCAACAUCUAGUGAAAAGCCUUCCCAGAAGAGUGGAGGCUGUUAUAGCAGCAAAGGGGGGACCAACUCCAUAUUAAUGCCCAUGAUUUUGGAAUGAGAUGUCCAACGAGUAGGUGUCCACAUACCUUUAGCCAUGAAGUGUAAGUUUCACUUGUUUGAUAUCAGGUAAGGUUGUAAAACUAACUGUUAAAUGUAUUUGUUGUCCUCCGGGCAGGUAAAGAAAUCAAACGUCUGAAGCCAAAGAGAGCUGCUUCCUUCUUCACCAGGCAGGCACAACCACCCACAUAUUCUGCAGUACAGGUGGAAGAGAGUUUGGAGCAAGGGUGAGCCUCCAUCUCCGGUAUAGGCACUGCUCUAUGCUAACUGGAGACCAAAACUGAACAUGCACAUUGAGAUUGAGAGAGAGAAAAAGAUAUGCAAGGAGUUGGAGAGUUUAUCUUGUUGUUUGUGAAAAUACAAUGGACCAAGAGUGGGAUUUAAGUGUGAAUAAAUAUUUAUGCAUAAUUGUUGUGUAUAUGAAGUUACAUGAGAAUAUUGGCAUUCUUUAGGUGCUGCAAAGUGACGUUGAGUGUCGUUGCUUCACAGGUCAAGUUGAACCGGCUACCUAUUGGUAGAAGUUGUAGUUUAAUAUGAAACUGUUGAGUAGUGGUAACAUUCACAGUAGCACCACCUUGUAUCUUUACCCUUGUGAUAGGGGACCUUUAUUACUGUUCUCCCUCAGAUGGAAUGUAUGUACUAUGACUACAUACAGUAUCAUCCAUUGAGAUGUAUGCAACACUCUUGGAAACCAAACAACACAGGGCAUUGUAUUGUCUAACAGGAGGGCGAUAUUGAAGGCUCUGCAACUAUAUCUUGUUCAAACCUCAGUCUUUGUUCCAAAACAAACAUUUAUCUUGUGGUAGUCUAUGCUACUCUGUGCUAAACACUCAGUCUCUCAUGGUCAUCAUGGACUGUAUCUGCGUCCUCCUCCCAGAAAUGACAAGGUCAACCAUUCUCCAUAUUCCAGACUGCACCCUUAUCCAAGUGGUUUCAGAUUCCAUGUUUUGUUAUUGUUAUAUUGUACAACAUGCAAGAGCAGCUUGACUUAGGAGCUGUCCAUUCAAGAAGAGUUUCCUGAUGACACUUCUCCUGCUGGCCUCUCCUCAGUGUGUCAGUAUGAGAGGAGCGAUUCUACUGUAUAUCUUUGUAUGAACACUAAAUUGCAUCAAACUGAAGAAUGUGGUUUCCACUGUUAGAACUGAUAUUGUCAAUUAUGCAAACGGGAUCAAAAAACAAAAUGGUCGAAUUAAUUGUUCCUAAGUCAAGCUAUGUAUUCAUGUUGUAUUAUUUUAAAACGAUUGUAGUGUACUCACUUGCUUUAUGUGCACGUGACUCAAUAUCUUAAGACUGCACUGUUUAUCUGAAAUACUGUAGCGUUUUUACAUUUGGUAAUUAUUUUGUAUUAUUAUUGGAGUAAUACCUUAUCUUUUGACUCUCAUACACCUAUCUCUGUCUUUCUCACACAAAUUAGACAAUAGGUAAUUUGAAACCUUAUUAUUUUUCAAUGCAGUUGCUGUAUAAAAAGACCAAGUGCCUUUUGUUUCAGUAAUAAUUUGGCCAUUGAGACUAACCUGGUAUUUAUGUGGGCUUGUUUGUCUGUUAAACAUGAUCAGCAGAAUGUUGCUGUAUUCAUUUUAUCUGCUCUGUUUGCUAUACAUUUACACGACUUCUUGUUGUGUGUACACAUUGAGACUGUCAAAUAUAUCAAACCCUUUAACUUCACUGUUUUCGUUCCUUUGUCAUUUAUAUAAUGUGCACUACCAAACUAAACCAGUGGCUGUAGGUUUAGUCAAACCCAUAAAACCUUUUUAUUCAGCUUUGUACUGUUUUGACAAAACAGUGAGGGAAAACUAAUGAGAUUUUUAUAUUGUUUUUAUUUGAAACAACUAUCAAAGUUUUUGCAUUUUCUUUUUACAAUAAAAACAUUUGUCCAUAUUUGAGUCUUAGUGUCUUGAUCUUGUGUUCCUUGAGUACUUGCUGCCACCUACUGGCUCGUGUUCACGAGCUUCUCAUCGUGACAGUACGGUAAUUUAUCUUGCAGGUUUGGUAGUGACGGGGUGCAUAGCUGGUUGUCUGUUUAGGUGGCUGUCAGUUGUAUUUAGCUAGCUAUUCUUUGGUCUGUUUUGCAAUUCACAGCAAUUUCGCCGGUAUUCGGUCGAAAUGGACGGGGAUAUUAAUGCUACGGCUCCGGCCACCACCCCACCUGACUCCGACCCAGCGCGGAAGCGCAGAGUACACGGUAUGUUGAAGCUGUACUAUGGGCUGAACGAGGAAGGAAAGACCGUGGAUCAAGCAGAGUCAAUGGAUCCUUGCGAUAUAAACGGGCCGCAUUUCGAUCCUGAGAUUUAUCUCAAUAAGGUAAAAUCAAAUUUCUGUGUCUGGAUGCGACAUAUAUAGUUCGCUAUUAUCUGAACAUAAGACAGUGGCAAAGGAUUGUUAUUAUUUUACAGUACGAGAGAGCCAAUGCCAACUUCUUGUCUGUCAUUGGUGUCACCCAGUGGUGUAUAUAAACCAAACCCAGGAUUGCUGAUGUUAUGUAUUGGCCAAUGAGAGGCUUUGAAGCCACUGGUCGGCCAUAUUGGCACUCCCCAGCAGGAGCAGUCCUCCAUAGGAAAAAAUAUAAUUCUACAGUAUUUCAAUUAAACGUUUUAUUUAAAAAAUGACAUGUAUUUAAGUAAGAUUAUAACUUUCCAAAAAGUAUACUUUAAGGAAAAUGUUUGUAUAUAUUAAUCCAUAAUAUAAUUUAAAAGUAUGCAUUAAGGUGUCUGUAGUAGAAUAAACGUGGCAUAAAUAAAUGCAUUUAUAUAACUUCCAAAAUAUGUUUUACAAUGGUGGAGGAUAGUGGUGUGGUGGUUUCAAAACACCUGUCAUCUAGUGUAUAUAUAAAUUAUUGGUGUCACCCAGGUAGUACAGUACAUUUUACAUUUUACAUUUUAGUCAUUUAGCAGACGCUCUUAUCCAGAGCGACUUACAGUUAGUGAAUACAUAUAUAUUUUUUUAUACUGGCCCCCCGUGGGAAUCGAACCCACAACCCUGGCGUUGCAAACGCCAUGCUCUAUCAACUGAGCUACAUCCCUGCCGGCCAUUCCCUCCCCUACCCUGGACGACGCUGGGCCAAUUGUGCGCCGCCCAUGAGUCUCCCGGUCGCGGCCGGCUGCGACAGAGCCUGGAUUCGAACCAGGAUCUCUAGUGGCACAGUUAGCACUGCGAUGCAGUAGCAGUCUGUUGUCUUGGAAACUGACCUUUGAGUCCUAUUGAUGUCUGCAGCUCAGGAGAGAAUGUUCCCUUGGAGAGCUGAUGGACCAGGAGAGCUGCAUGGUCAAGCAGAUCCGCUCCUUGGACAGUGACAUGCAGACAUUGGUGUAUGAGAACUACAACAAGUUCAUCUCUGCCACAGGUAAUACAAUAGGUGAUAGUGUAUGCAAUGUCAUGUUGGUAUCACUCUGUUCUGUGCACAUACAGUACCAUGUGAUGAAUGAAUGCCCUCAUCUUCUCCUACUAGACACAAUAAGAAAAAUGAAGAACGAUUUUAAGAAGAUGGAGGAUGAAAUGGACUGUCUCUCUACCAACAUGGCUUCUAUCACAGAUUUCAGUGCACGCAUCAGUGGGACUCUUCAGGACCAGCAUGCACAGAUCACCAAACUGUCAGGUUGGUAAUGAAACCCGUGGUGACAUGCCUCCACCGCCUGAAAUGAAAACCAGAUAAACAAAUCGCAUUUGUUGGUCAUAUAUCUAUCAUUGUAAGAUUACUUGUGUGGACUGUGAACCACUUCAUAAUAUGCUACUACCAAUGAUGUAUAUAAACCCUAGAUUGCCGACGCUAUGUAUUGGCCAUUGAGAGACUUUGAAGUGACCAGUUGGCCAUAAUGGUACUCCUCAGUUGGAGCAGUCCUCCAUAGGAAUUAAUGGAAUUCUACAGUAUUUUAAUUAAAUGUUUAAAUGACAAAAGUACAUGUAUUUAAGUAUUUUUUGUUGUAGUGGGGACGGGAAUAAUAGUACUCUAAAAAAAAUAUACUUUAAUGAAAAAGUUUUUAUAUACAUUUAUUCAUUUUUUUAAAAAAGUUUCGCUCACAUAAUAUAAUUUAAAAGUAUGCAUUUAGGUGUCAGUAAUAUAAUAAAUGUGUCAAUAACGAAUGUAGACAUUAAUACAUUCAUUUAUAUAGCUUCCAAAAUGUUUUUUACUAUGGAGGAGGUGUACCAAGAUGGCUGCGCAGGGUCUUCAAUACAGCGCCCCCUGUCAGUCAUCUAGGGUUUAUUCACGUUAUUGGCUACUAUGGUGUUAGCCCAAUUCAGAUAUUUUUUCCACUAAUUGGCCCUUUGACCAAUCAGAUCAGCUCUGAAAAAAAUGUGAUUGGUCAAAAGACCAAUUAGUGGAAAAAAUAUGAGAAUUGGGCGGCCUGUCUAAAUGCAGCCUACUUAUAGCUUUUCCUUUCUCUCCCUCCACCCACCCAGGAGUCCACACUCUCCUGAGGAAGCUGCAGUUCCUGUUUGAGCUGCCUGCCAGGCUGAAUAAGUGCCUGGAGCUGCAGGCCUAUGCCCAGGCAGUGAGCUCCCAUCGCCGUGCCCGCUGCGUGCUGCAGCAGUACAGCCACAUGCCCUCCUUCAGGGGCAUCCAGGAUGACUGUCAUGACAUCAUGGACAAGUUGGCACAGGAGCUUAGGCAGAAAUUCAGGUAGGAGUCUCAGGAAACGUUCAGUUGGUAUUCACUUUGGUAUGGUUGCAAAACAAUGGUAUUUUCAUUUUCAUUUCUGGUUCAUAUUAUAUACAGUGGGGAGAACAAGUAUUUGAUACACUGCCGAAUUUGCAGGUUUUCCUACUUACAAAGCAUGUAGAGGUCUGUAAUUUUUAUCAUAGGUACACUUCAACUGUGAGAGACGGAAUCUAAAACAAAAAUCCAGAAAAUCACAUUGUAUGAUUUUUAAGUAAUUAAUUUGCAUUUUAUUGCAUGACAUAAGUAUUUGAUACAUCAGAAAAGCAGAACUUAAUAUUUGGUACAGAAACCUUUGUUUGCAAUUACAGAGAUCAUACGUUUCCUGGAGGUCUUGACUAGGUUUGCACACACUGCAGCAGGGAUUUUGGCCCACUCCUCCAUACAGACCUUUUCCAGAUCCUUCAGGUUUCGGGGCUGUCGCUGGGCAAUAUGGACUUUCAGCUCCCUCCAAAGAUUUUCUAUUGGGUUCAGGUCUGGAGACUGGCUAGGCCACUCCAGGACCUUGAGAUGCUUCUUACGGAGCCACUCCUUAGUUGCCCUGGCUGUGUGUUUCGGGUCGUUGUCAUGCUGGAAGACCCAGCCACGACCCAUCUUCAAUGCUCUUACUGAGGGAAGGAGGUUGUUGGCCAAGAUCUCGCGAUACAUGGCCCCAUCCAUCCUCUCCUCAAUAUGGUGCAGUCGUCCUGUCACCUUUGCAGAAAAGCAUCCCCAAAGAAUUAUGUUUCCACCUCCAUGCUUCACGGUUGGGAUGGUGUUCUUGGGGUUGUACUCAUCCUUCUUCUUCCUCCAAACACAGCGAGUGGAGUUUAGACCAAAAAUAUAUAUUUUUGUCUCAUCAGACCACAUGACCUUCUCCCAUUCCUCCUCUGGAUCAUCCAGAUGGUCAUUGGCAAACUUCAGACGGGCCUGGACAUGCGCUGGCUUGAGCAGGGGGACCUUGCGUGCGCUGCAGGAUUUUAAUCCAUGACAGCGUAGUGUGUUACUAAUGGUUUUCUUUGAGACUGUGGUCCCAGCUCUCUUUAGGUCAUUGACCAGGUCCUGUCGUGUAGUUCUGGGCUGAUCCCUCACCUUCCUCAUGAUCAUUGAUGCCCCACGAGGUGAGAUCUUGCAUGGAGCCCCAGACCGAGGGUGAUUGACCGUCAUCUUGAACUUCUUCCAUUUUCAAAUAAUUGCGCCAACAGUUGUUGCCUUCUCACCAAGCUGCUUGCCUAUUGUCCUGUAGCCCAUCCCAGCCUUGUGCAGGUCUACAAUUGUAUCCCUGAUGUCCUUACACAGCUCUCUGGUCUUGGCCAUUGUGGAGAGGUUGGAGUCUGUUUGAUUGAGUGUGUGGACAGGUGUCUUUUAUACAGGUAACGAGUUCAAACAGGUGCAGUUAAUACAGGUAAUGAGUGGAGAACAGGUGGGCUUCUUAAAGAAAAACUAACAGGUCUGUGAGAGCCGGAAUUCUUACUGGUUGGUAGGUGAUCAAAUACUUAUGUCAUGCAAUAAAAUGCAAAUUAAUUACUUAAAAAUCAUACAAUGUGAUUUUCUGGAUUUUUGUUUUAGAUUCCGUCUUUCACAGUUGAAGUGUACCUAUGAUAAAAAUUACAGACCUCUACAUGCUUUGUAAGUAGGAAAACCUGCAAAAUCGGCAGUGUAUCAAAUACUUGUUCUCCCCACUGUAUCAGUAGCUAGGUUUCCAUCCACUUAAAGAAAAAAUUCGCAUUUUCCCACCAGUGGUGUGUUUCCACCAAACUGACUUGUUGCGGAUAAAAACUCAGUGCUUGAUGACGUAGUGCACACAAAAUGUGUAUUUUUCACUAGUUUUCAUGUACCAAAUAAAAAUAUGCGUUUCUAUCGUAUUUCCAGCUCUACCGAUAGUUUUGUCACAAAAACUGUUUCGUUAAAUAGCAAAUGUGCCUUCUCUGGUCUUGGCACAUGCGCUCUAGCCAACAGCUGGCAGAUACAGUGCGGUUGAUGAGAUUUAUGGAUACGAGUGAGAAUAUUUGUAUUUGUCAAACGGCAGUCAAGCAUCGAUCAUCAUGUCAAGAAGACCCUCGAUAUUUAUUGGAAAGGAGCAUCAAGCUUGUCACCGUGCACUUUCACCACCCUGUGAAGUUCAUCAAAACUUAUUUCAUCUGUAGCCUAAUAAACUGCAUGGUUUCCCGAGUCGUAGUGGGAGGACCACACACACCAUAUCAUCGCGUGACUCCAAAUUUACUUCGAUAUGAUGGUUAUUAUAUCAAUAUUUGCGCAUAAAGGCAUUUCCACCGCCAUUUCUCACAUAAUUAAUUUUAAUUAACAAAAAGAUCCUACCAUGUCGAACAAACAAAUUAUCUGUCGCCAUUUAUAAAAUGUAAUCGAAACUUCCUGUUUCCAUCACAGCUGUCUUGAUUUUUUUUUUGUACGGUAUGACUUUAUUCGCAUAACAACUGUGGAUGGAAACGUGGUUAAUAAUACACUAUAACUUUGCAUGAAUGCCUUAUCUUUGUUUGGUGUUGUAUGUGUUUGCAGAGAUGGAGGUUCGAGUGCGAAAGACCUUUCAGAGUGUGUGGAGCUUCUGCUGCAGCUGGAUGAGCCGGCAGAGGAACUCUGUGACAAGUUCCUGAGUCACGCCCAGUCACGACUGGAAGCAGACCUCCUAGGACUGGAGGCGGAGCUGAGACCACCAUUGUCCUCUGGACCCACAGCAGUGAUGGCUCCCUACACUGGCCCCACCCGCAUACUGUCAGCUGAACCCACUGCUGGAUCUCCCACUGACCCCACCUCUCUAAACAAUCCCUUUCUCUCUCCCAGCUCAAGGACUGAUAUUCUGGAAUUCAUAGACAGAGGUUGCAAUGAAUUCGUCAGCAGCCUUUGCUUGGUCAUUGCCUCGUAUCAAGAGUUGUUUGUCAACCGUCCACAAGAGGGUGAGCUGGCCUCCAAAAACAUCCCCCAGAUGGCUGUUGGCAAGCUGCAUGCUUUUGUGGAUGCCCUGGCCACCCGUUACUUCUCCCUGGUUGAGAGGAGGAUACAGGAGGAGAAAAGUGUUGGAGACAACUCUCUCUUGGUCCGGGCUCUGGACCGUUUCCACCGCAGGCUCCAGGCUGUGGCCAAACUGCUGCCUGGGUCUGCUGUGCCCAGCCAGGGGACUGAGAUCGUGGUGCGAGCAGCCAGGGAGAGGAUCAAGCAGUACCUGGCAGCCCUGCAGAGCUUCUACCUGAACAGCCUGACAGACGUGAGGCAGGCCCUAGCAGCCCCUCGGCUGGGUGGAAGCUCAGCCGGAGGUGGGUCUCACCUAGGGGGACCAGCCACUGGGAAAGAUGCUCCGGCCAGCUUGCCAGAGCUCCUCUCCUCUCUGUCUGCCUCCAUUCUCAAUCAGAUCAAGUCAGUCCUGGCAUCCGUGCACCUCUUUACUGCAAAGGACAUCACCUUCUCCAACAAGCCUUACUUCAAGGUGAGCUAGAUGAAUAUUCAUGCUAUUGGUGGUUAGUUGGCCCCAUAGAUGUUUUUUAAUGCCAUUUAUGUAACUAACUGUAUGUUAACAUCGACAGCCCUGUUGGAUCUUUUUCUCCUCGCUCUCUUUCUUCAGGGGGAGUUUUGUAGCCACGGUGUGCGUGAGAGCCUGGUGGUUAACUUCAUUAAGUUUGUGUGCCAGUCCUCACGUCAGUUCUGUGAGAGUGCAGGAGACCGGGGCGGCUCUACACCCCCUGCUCUCCUACUCCUGCUGUCACGCCUCUGCCUGGACUAUGAAACCUCCACCAUCUCCUACAUCCUCACCCUUACAGACGAACAGUUCCUCGUGCAGGUAAAUGUGCCAAUGAACCUGUGAAGACUUGUUAGAAAAUAAUGUGCAAAUGAUAAGUCCUCUUUUGUCAUGAGAAAUGUGUAUCACAUGCUACUACACAGCCUCUGGUUUCUCUCGUGUUCACAGCAUCACUCUCCUGUAACUGCAGUCACAGCUUUAUGUGGAGAGGCCAGAGAGGCAGCACAGAAGCUACUGAAUCAUUAUGUCAAGGUACACAUUUUCCGACCUUCUUACCAACAAAUUACUAUUGCUGCAAAUGGCCAUUUCAGGCCUAUUCCUUCUAUUUCUCUGCAGACCCCUUCUCUGUUGCUGUGGACAGGUUCAGGGCCUAAUCAUAUCACAGAUGCUGAGAAAGAGUGUGGAGACACGAGACUGGGUCAACACCAUCGAGCCACGGAACGUCCGUGCUGUGAUGAAGAGAGUGGUGGAGGACACCACCUCUAUCGAUGUGCAGGUAACGUCCGUUAUCUACAGUGCAUUCUGAAAGUAUUCAGACCCCUUGAAUUUUUCCACAUUUUGUUACGUUACAGCCUUAUUCUAAAAUGGAUUAAAUUGUUUUUUCCCCUCAUCAAUCUACAUACAAUACCCCAUAAUGACAAAGCAAAAAUACGGAAAUAUUACAUUUACAUAAGUAUUCAGACCCUUUACUCAGUACUUUGUUGAAGCACCUUUGGCAGCGAUUACAGCCUCGAGUCUUCUUGGGUAUGACGCUACAAGCUUGGCACACCUGUAUUUGGGGAGUUUAUCCCAUUCUUCUCUGCAGAUCCUCUCAAGAUCUGUCAGGUUGGAUGGGGAGCGUUGCUGCACAGCUAUUUUCAGGUCUCUCCAGAGAUGUUCAAUCGGGUUCAAGUCCAGGCUCCGGCUGGGCCACUCAAAGACAUUCAGAGACUUGUUCCGAAGCCACUCCUGCGUUGUCUUGGCUGUGUGCUUAGGGUCGUUGUCCUGUUGGAAGGUAAACCUUUACCCCAGUCUGAGGUCCUGAGCGCUCUGGAGCAGGUUUUCAUCAAGGAUCUCUCUGUACUUUGCUCCAUUCAUCUUUGCCUCGAUCCUGACUAGUCUCCCAGUCCCUGCCACUGAAAAACAUCCCCACAGCAUGAUGCUGCCACCACCAUGCUUCACUGUAGGGAUGGUGCCAGGUUUCCUCCAGACGUGACGCUUGGCAUUCAGGCCAAAGAGUUCAAUCUUGGUUUCAUUAGACCAGAGAAUCUUGUUUCUCAUGGUCUGAGAGUCUUUAGGUGCCUUUUGGCAAAUUCCAAGCGGGCUGUCAUGUGCCUUUUACUGAGGAGUGGCUUCCGUCUGGCCACUCUACCAUAAAGGCCUGAUUGGUGGAGUGCUCUAAAGAUGGUUGUCCUUCUGUAAGGUUCUCCCAUCUCCACAGAGGAACUCUAGAGCUCUGUCAGAGUGUCCAUCAGGUUCUUGAUCACCUCCCUGACCAAGGCCCUUCUCCCCCGAUUGCUCAGUUUGGCCGGGCGGCCAGCUCUAGGAAGAGUCUUGGUGGUUCCAAACUUCUUCCAUUUAAGAAUGAUGGAGGCCACUGUGUUCUUGGGGACCUUCAAUGCUGCAGACAUUUUUUGGUACCCUUCCCCAGAUCUGUGCCUCAACACAAUCCUGUCUCUGAGCUCUAAGGACAAUUCCUUGGUUUUUGCUCUGACAUGCACUGUCAACUGUGGGACCUUAUAUAGACAGGUGUGUGCCUUUCCAAAUCAUGUCCAGUCAAUUGAAUUUACCACAGGUGGACUCAAAUCAAGUUGUAGAAACAUCUCAAGGAUGAUCAAUGGAAACAGGAUGCACCUGAGCUCAAUUUCGAGUCUCAUAGCGAAGGGUCUGAAUACUUAUGUAAAUAAGGUUUUUCUGUUUUUUAUUUUUAAUACAUUUGCAAAAAUUUCGAAAAACCAGUUUUUGCUUUGUCAUUAUGGGGUAUUGUGUGUAGAAUGCUGAGGAUAUAUUUUUUUAAAAUCCAUUUUAGAAUAAGGCUGUAACGUAACAAAGUGGAAAAUGUCAAGGGGUCUGAAUACUUUCCAAAGGCAUUGUAUAUAAAACCCUUUGGUAAUCAUGCUUUACAAUGUGGGAAAACUGUAAUUACUGUAUAAUUGUGAGUGGACAAAAGCAACAUCAGUGAUAUGUCCUUCCUUCCCUGUGUUGCCCUACAGGUGGGUCUUCUCUACGAGGAGGGGGUGAGGAAAGCCCACAGCAGUGACUCCAGCAAAAGGACCUUCUCCGUCUAUAGCAGUUCGAGGCAGCAAACCCGCUACGCCCCUAGCUACACACCUAGGUACCAGAACUACAGUUGCCUAACACACAAGAUGUUUAUAAUAACAUAAUAUACACAUAAUAACUGCAUCACAAUGUGUGGAGGUUUGGCAGAGGCAGGGUCAGUCUAAUGUUAGUAUUGUUGCUAUCUUCCCCAAUGGAUAAAGAUUAAGAAUGGUUUUGUCUCUCUGCAGUGCUCCUAUGGAUACCAAUCUCCUGAGUAACAUACACAAGCUCUUCUCUGAGCGGGUCGAAAUAUUCAGUCCUGUGGAGUUUAACAAGGUGGGUAGUGAGUGUUUUGGACACAGAGCUCUGGUUGCCUUUUUAUUUCCUCAACUCUUUCUGUCUUGAUCUCUUCUCUCAGGUCUCUGUGUUGACGGGGAUCAUAAAGAUCAGUCUGAAGACUUUCCUGGAGUGUGUCCGCCUGCGUACCUUUGGUCGUUACGGCCUGCAGCAGAUCCAGGUGGACUGCCACUACCUGCAGAUGUACCUGUGGCGCUUCGUCUCCGAUGAGAACCUGGUCCACUUCCUGCUCGACGAGAUAGUGGGCAGCACUGCCCACCGCUGCCUGGACCCCGCUCCCAUGGAGCAGAGCGUCAUCGAGGUCAUCUGUGAGAGAGGUUAAAGGCUAGAGGUCACAUUGGUUGAGGAACUGGUGAAAUGUGAUGGUGAAAUUGAAUAGUGUGUAACAGAGUUUAAAACCGAAAAAAUACCUUGAAGUCAACUGAACUGGAAGAUUGAACAAAUAGGUAUUUUGCUGGAUACACUGGAUUCCCAUUAUGUAAAUGUGGGAUCAGGAGGUUACUUACUAUUGCUGCGUUUAGACAGCCAGACCAAUUCUGAUCUUUAAUUGGUCUUUUUACCAAUCAGAUCAGCUCUG